AUGGCUGCUAGCAUCGACUAUACUUGGGCCAGUUAUUGCUGGGGCCGGCCCCACUUGACAGAUCAUCUAGAUAGGAAGAUCCCAGAUUCAUGGCGAAGAGACUUUCCGUCUUUUGUCAUCGGUUACAAACUUUCUCGCCGCGGGAAGAAGCCAGAUGAGGAACGCAUCUGGCUCUGGGAGAACAGUGAACAGGUUGUUGAGGCGUAUGUAGGAUCAGGGAAACAUUGGUAUGGUCAGUAUCAGAAGACACGACCACCGGUCUCGCCGCCCUUGAAUUCGGUUCACGCUGCAAACGCGCACUUACGUGAUAAGAUCAUAAAAUACCCACCAGCUACUCUAGGAGAUCCGGAUGAAGUCCAGAGAGUGCUAGGUGCCCAGUAUAGCGGCAACUUACGUUGGAUGUUCCACUCCACGAUUUUCCAGAAUGGGCAUGUUGAGAAUUACCAGCGCAUCGUCCAUCUUUUUGUGGGCGUCGAUGAGCUCGAUCACAUCCAAAAGCGAAUCAUUGUAAAAGUACAAGGCGAGAGAACAGAAAAAUCGCUUUUAGACACUAUGCAACCUGAAAUCGAUCUGCACCAAAGGCUCACUACGAAGGGAUGUCGCCAUAUCGUAGACUUCUAUGCAGCUUCCUAUCGCAUACGAAGAAUACCCCCUAUACUGGGCUAUGUGUACAUGGAGUACGCACCCUUCGGCGACCUACAUGACCUUGUGGACAAGCAUCACUCGAGGAAGGAAAAGUACCCUGACGCACGUAGUAAGAAGGACGAACUUGGGGCCUGGAUAACUGCUUUUCGAGGUACGACGGGCUGGAAUCCACCUGAAGCAUACGCAACGUCGUGGAAGGAAUACGAGAACGAAGCUAUUAAUGGCCGCACGGACAUAUGGCAGGUUGGCCUCGUCAUGCUAAACCUAAUGGAAGGCCAGGCGAGAGUUCUCAAUGAAAAGCACAAGGUUGGUCGCAAUAUGCAACAUGCCACAGAGUACAAGCGCACGUAUUCCUAUGCACUCGAGCGACUAGCGUUUGAUUGCCUCACAAUGGAUCCGAAGAGGCGCCCAACAGUAGGGAAUAUCCUGUACAGAACGAGGGUUGGAAGGAAGGCCUGGGAGCAGGCGUAUGGGAAUAUGAACGUGCCGGAUGCAGACGUGCUGGAGAGGUUUCGGAUGACUUGGAGCAAGGAUCCGAUUGAAGAGGGUACGCAAUGGAUCCCAAGGAAGAGGAGGAGGAGGAGGACUGAAGAGGAUGAAUAA